CUGCCUCCCUCGUCACCUCUGCGUCGCGCGCGCGUCACCUCACCCCUUCACCCUUCCCCAGCUUCCAAUCCCCUUCUUUACGACUCCCGUCAUCAUGGCCACAGAAUACGAUAACGAAAACGGUCGCUACGACGACGAGCCUCGUUUCGCUCGCGAUCGCAGCGCAUCCCCUCGCGAUGAGCCUCGUGCUGAUCGUACCCGCAGCCGUUCUCCCAACGUCCGCAUGGAAGACCGCGCUCCCCCCAUCGACCCCCGUAAGCAGCUGGACGAUGAUGAGGAGGGUGCUCUCAACACUGGCUCCAACCUCUUCGUUACCGGCAUCCACCCCCGUCUGACUGAGUCGGAUAUCAUGCGUCUCUUCGAGAAGUACGGCGAUGUCGAGAACUGCUCGAUCAUGCUGGACCCUCACUCCAAGGAGUCUCGUGGAUUCGGUUUCGUCAAGAUGGUGACCUCCGACCAGGCCGACGCCGCCAAGGAGGGUCUCCAGGGCGAGGUCAUCGAAGGCCGCACUCUGAGCAUCGAGAAGGCUCGCCGUAGCCGUCCCAGAACCCCGACCCCCGGCAAAUACUUCGGUCCUCCUAAGCAUUUCCGUGGAGGUCACCGUGGUGGCGGCCGUGGUGGGGAUCGCUACGACGACCGUCGUGGUGGUUACGGUGGUAGCUGGCGCCGUGGUGACGACUACCGCUAUGGCCGCUACGACUCCUACAGCGACCGUCGCGAUUACGGCGGCCGUGAUUACCGUGACUAUGGUGGUCGCCGCGACUACCGUGACGACUACAGCAGCUACCGUGGCGGCGGUGGUGGCGGCAUCGAUCGCUACGCUUCCGGUGGUGGUCGCGAGGACCGUUACAGCCGUGAUGACCGCCGUGACGAUCGCCGUGACGAGCGUCGUGGCACUGGCGCCAGCGGCGGCGGUGGCUACUACGACCGCGAUGCGAACGCUGCCAGCUACGGCGGCUCCUCUGCUGCUCCGGCGCGGGACGCCUAUGCCGGUGGUGGUGGCAGCAGCGGCGGCGGUGGUGGCCGGUCUUACGAGCCCCGUGGUGACGACCGGUACAGCUCCAGGUAGGUGAAGUUGUCUUGAUCAUCUCAGCGGUCGGAUCAGGGCCAGAGAGCGCGUCCCCUCUCCCAGUAAUGGGUUUGUCUAGGCUUCCCCCUUCUUUCCUUACCCCUGCGUCGUUGUUGUUUUUCUCUGACAUUCCCUUGCUUCCUC